GGAGGCCCUUUAAAAGCGGCGCGUGCGCUGGGCGGGGCCUGGUCAACUCUCGCCCGUAUUUCCAAGCACCGCGCGGUGUCGCGAGACUCGCCCUUUCCGAAACUUGCGGCUGUGCUGCGCCUCGGAGGCGGCGGCUCGGCGAUGCGGUCCCGGCUUCUGUGGAGUGCUGCUCGGUGGCUCUGGGCCCGCCGCGCUGCUGGCCCGGCCCGCCGGCACGUAAGCUGCGGCAGCCCGCCGCUGGAGGAGCUGUUCGCCCGCGGCGGGCCCUUGCGCGCCUUCCUCGAGCGCCAGGCGGGGGCUGAAGCCCCGUUGCAGGCCGGGGGGCCUGAGCUGGCGGCGGCGGCCAAACUGCUGAGCGAGAAGGAGCAGGAACUGCGGGAGACCGAGCACUUGCUGCAUGAUGAAAAUGAAGACUUAAGGAAACUUGCAGAGAAUGAAAUAACUUUGUGUCAAAAAGAAAUAACUCAGUUGAAGCAUCAGAUUAUCUUACUUUUGGUUCCCUCAGAAGAAACAGAUGAAAAUGAUUUGAUCCUGGAGGUAACUGCAGGAGUUGGGGGUCAGGAGGCAAUGUUGUUUACUUCAGAGAUAUUUGAUAUGUAUCAGAAAUAUGCUGCAUUUAAAAGAUGGCAUUUUGAAACCCUGGAAUAUUUUCCAAGUGAAAUAGGUGGCCUUAGACAUGCAUCUGCCAGCAUUGGGGGUUCAGAAGCCUAUAAGCACAUGAAAUUUGAAGGAGGUGUGCACAGGGUACAAAGAGUGCCGAAGACAGAGAAGCAAGGCCGCAUCCACACUAGCACCAUGACUGUAGCCAUAUUACCCCAACCUACUGAGAUUAAUCUGGUGAUUAAUCCUAAAGAUUUGAGAAUUGAUACUAAGCGAGCCAGUGGAGCUGGGGGGCAGCACGUAAAUACCACAGACAGUGCUGUCCGGAUAGUUCAUCUUCCUACAGGUGUUGUUUCCGAAUGCCAACAAGAGAGAUCGCAACUGAAAAAUAGAGAGAUGGCUAUGAAAAAGUUACGUGCAAAACUAUACAGCAUGCAUGUAGAAGAAGAAACAAGUAAAAGAUACAAUGCUAGAAAAAUUCAGAUUGGAACUAAAGGAAGGUCAGAGAAAAUAAGAACGUAUAAUUUUCCACAGAACCGGGUCACAGAUCACAGAAUAAACAAGUCACUUCAUGAUCUUGAAACUUUUAUGCAAGGAGGGUAUCUACUGGAUGAAGUUGUACAGUCAUUGAAGGACUACGCUGAUUAUGAAUCUUUAGUAGAAAUUAUUUCCAAAAAAGUUUAAGUUGAUUGGUUAUUAAAGACUUUUAUAGCUUAUGAAAAUUCUACUACUGUAAAUUGCAUCGUGUGUAAAUACCAGUAUUCUUGAAAAACAUCAGUUAACAGUUGAAAGUAAGCAUACUUUUAAGUCAUAGAUAAUUUAUAUAAAUCUUCUCUUAAUGUAUUAAUAAAAAACAUACAUUAUAACCAUGA